AGUCCCUGAUAGACCCGUUCGACUAUAAAGAGUCGGCGAUCGGUCCUCACAGGAUCAUUCGUCAGUGUCUUUAAGCUAGUCACAUUGUGCAGUUUCAGCUCCAGUGAAAUCAAUCAUUUCAAGAUGAUGCUAAGCUCAGCAGUUGUAUCUGUGGCCUUACUUUUCGCUCUGGGCGCAAUCGAGGAGACCUAUGGUCUUCACAUUCCUAAACUGAACCUGGCCCAUAUGAGCAAACUUCACCAGCCCAUAUGGAAUCACUCACUGCACUACGGCGAGCACAAACCCAACGAAUAUGUGCUUUACAAGACAGUCAUAAGCUCGGACGACGGCGACUAUAAGGAGUUCCCAGAGGAAGGCAAAACCAACGACAAAACCAUCACUGCAAUAGAAAUCAUAGAUAAACUAGCCAACGGUAAAUCCGGUUUUGUCUACCACUACGACGGUGUCGGCAGUAAGAAUGCCACUUUUGCCUACGUCAACAACAAUGAUAGCCCCUACAAAUUCUUUAUUACGGUCUUAGCACAACCAGAAGAAUCGGACUGUUAACAAAGCCAAACAUUGGGACGACCUGGAGGAUGGAUCGUGCAUCUACGCAAAGCAAUGUUAUGACCCGUUUCGCUUUCGUUCUGAUCCGUUCGGAUCAUUAUUUUAAGAUCGUUUGUAACUUAUAAAAAAUAUAUUAUUCUAAAGGCA